AUGGGUGCCAACCAGUCCAAGACCCCACUGCCAAACGAGAAGCUCGUUAUCGAGCGCCUCCGAGCAAUGGAGAUCAGAGACCAAUCCGACGACUAUGUCCAGGUCGACGAGAAAGCUGUUUUUGGAUCCGGCAAAAACUCCUUCAGGGCCCCAUGGACCGAAUUAUCUGUUUCCGAGGUCGCUCACUGGGAACACGAGCUUUUGCAAGAUCCCAAGAACAGACUCGCGCUCUCUGCCCUGAGCGCCGCAGACCCGAAUACGGUUUUGACAUCCCGAGCUACAACCAUCAAGGACCAGCAGAUUUUCAACAUCAAAAUUCCAUUCGAGGGGGCUCCCAUCACAAACCAGAGACAGUCCGGGCGAUGCUGGCUCUUCGCCUCCACGAACGUCUUCCGCGUUGCUCUGAUGAAGCGCCACAACCUGGAUAAGUUCGAGCUCUCUCAAGCAUACCUCUUCUUCUACGACAAGCUGGAGAAGGCCAACUUCUUUCUCGAGCAAAUCCUCGACACAACAAGCGACGACCUCGAUACUCGAACUAUCCAAACACUGAUGCAGAGCCCAGUUGGGGACGGAGGACAAUGGGAUAUGGUUUACAACUUGGUUCACAAGUACGGUCUUGUGCCUCAAGUUCUGUACCCUGACUCCCACAAUGCUCAGGCAUCUGGCUCUAUCAACAGCUUGCUGACCACCAAGCUGCGAGAGGAUGCUUUGCAACUGAGAGCACUCGCAACAUCUGGCACAAAGUCGGCGAGGGAGAUUUCGGCUGUCAAGGACAAGAUGAUACGGGAAGUCCAUCUCAUCUUGAUCCUCACAUUGGGACCCCCACCGUCUCCAACCACCGAGUUUACGUGGAACUACUUGGAUAAGAAUGGUGCCGCCCAGGUAUUGAAGACGACUCCCGUCGCGUUCUCCAAGGAGCUCUCAAGCCCCAAGUCGAUCCGGAUCACCAACUCUACCGUCCACGACAUGUUCUCCUUGGUCAACGACCCACGAAACGAGUACAACUCCCUUCUCACCGUCGACAGGCUCGGCAACAUCGUGGGUGGCCGUGGUAUCACAUACGUCAACGUCUCGAUGGAUAUCAUGAAGGAAGCCUGCAUCAAGAUGUUACAAGCCGGCCUUCCCAUCUUCUUCGGCUCUGAUGUCGGCAAGUACUCGAACGGUGCGUCUGGAAUCAUGGACACCUCCCUCGUCGACUAUGAACUCGGCUUCAACGUCCGAUUGGGAAUGUCCAAGGCUCAAAGAUUGAUGGUUGGCGAGAGUGCCAUGACCCACGCGAUGGUUCUCACUGCUGUGCACGUUGAGGAUGGCAAGAGCGUGAGAUGGCGCGUCCAGAACUCCUGGGGCGAAGGUGCUGGCACCGACGGCUGGUUCGUGAUGAGCGACAAGUGGAUGGACGAAUUUGUCUACCAAGCCGUUGUUGAGCCUCGCUUCGUGAGCAAGGAGACGCGAGCUAUCCUCGACUCGGAGCCAAAGGUUCUCCCGCUGUGGGACCCUAUGGGCGCCUUGGCUUAG